AUGGUCCGGCCCCAGGCCCCUCUCAUGUUCCCCCUCCACCACAACGGGGUUCCACUAGCUGGGGAUGCCCAGAAGGUGGAACACCUAGCUUCACACUUCCGCACACGCCUGGGCUCCCCGGACCCGGUCCCUCCCCCCAUACUACCCCAACAGUCCACCAUCCACCCCAUCGCCCAGCCUUUCUUGAUCCAUGAACUCGCCACAGCCAUAGCUGCACUGCCGGUGGGGAAAUCCACUGGGGAUGACGACGUUCCCAAUGAAUUUCUCAAACACCUCCCAGAGGCCUACUCCCUCUUCCUCCUUCAGCUCUUUAACCACAGCCCCGAAACCAUCGACGCCCUCCUUGACCUAGACCAUCAUGUUCAGGAGGGUUUUGGCCGGGGGCGCUUCACGCUGACCGCCUUCUUGGAUCUCGAAGGGGCCUUUGAUUCUGCCUCCCACAAUGCUAUCCUCUACAAACUCUCCUCCCUGGGCCUCUUCGGCGCUCCUCUGCUCUGGGUCCGCUCCUUCCUCUCGAGUCGCACCUUCUCCGUCUCUAUCGGGACCACCUUCUCCCACCCCUAUCCUAUCCGCAGAGGGGUUCCCCAAGGCUCACCCCUAAGCCCUCUCCUCUUCAACGUUCUUCUGUCCGACCUGCCUUCCCCUCCUAGCACUCAUACCUUCCUCUAUGCGGAUGACAUUUCCCUCCUAUGCUCCGCUCCUUCUCUUCCUGAGGCACAAACCCUCCUCCAAGGGGGGCUCGACGCCAUCAGCCAAUGGUGCACUCAGUGGGGCCUCACCCUCUGUGCACCAAAGUCGUGCCUCAUGUGCUUCACCCGUCGCCGCAUCCCCGCCAUCCCUCAAGCACACCUCACAGGCACAGUCAUCCCUUUCCGCACAACACACAGAUUCUUGGGUCUAGUGCUGGACGGCCCUCGCCUCACAUGGAAGCGCCACAUCAGUGCCCUCCGAUCCUCCUGUCUGCCCCGGCUGAACCUCAUGAGGGCCCUGGCGGGUGUCAAGUGGGGAGCCGACAGAGCGACGCUCCUCCACUUCUACCGCGCCUACAUCCGUAGCAAAAUCGACUACGGAUGCGAGGUCUACGGUUCAGCCUCCCCGACGCUCCUCCGCCAGCUGCAGGUGGUGCAGAACACCGCACUGCGGAUAGCCCUCGGCGCCUUCAGAUCGUCUCCCACCCUGGCCCUGCAGGCAGAGGCGGGCCUUCCCUCACUAGACCACAGACGCAACACUAAGACAACACCAUGGACCAAAGCAGACUGUCCUCACCAGGGAAAGGCCCUCUUCCUGACUCUCCUCUCCACCAAAUACAGGGACACCUUUUUCAUCUUCACAGACGGCUCACACAUUCCCUCCCCUCCCUCCACUAGUGCGGCCAUAUACCUCCCAACCCUACACACCUCCACCAACUGGAAACUCCAACCCCACACCACCAUCCUUGGGGCAGAGCUUUUUGCCAUCAGGGAAGGCCUCACAGCAGCAACAACGCUUCCCCCACACCUAUCGGUCUCCCUCUUUACUGACUCCCUCACUUCCCUCCAACUCAUCUCAACUCACAGACCUCACACACAUCACACACUAUGCUUUGCCAUCCACUCCCUCCUGGCACAGCUGACCUCCGGGGGCAGACGGGUCCACCUUCAGUGGGUCCCUUCUCACAUAGGCAUCAUGGGCAACACAGUGGUGGACCAAGCUGCCAACCUGGCACACACACAUCCCCAGCCAAUUCCCAGCCCUCCGGACCACAGUGACCUCAAGAUCCACCUCCGACAGUCCUCCAACCGCCACUGGACCACCAGACUGACGAUAGACCUCAGACAGCUCACCCUCGGCCGCUACAGACACUCCCCCGCCCAGCACUGGCGCCCCUUCUCCCCCAUUCGCCCCCUGGACACAGCCAUCACCCGUCUCAGGAUUGGACACACCCGCCUCAAUGCCCACCUGCACAGACUGAACAUAACAGUGAGCAGGGUCAUCACGGAAACACUGGACGCCCUAAGUGCCCCACACAUACUGAAAAGAUUUAUAAAGUUUCCCGCCAAUCAAGAUCUCCAGCAAAAAAAGACAGAAUUCAGGGACGUUGCUGGCUUUCCUGAAGUGGUUGGUGUUAUUGAUGGAACUCACAUCAGAAUUAUGAGACCAAGACAGUUUGAGGCAGAAUAUGUAAACCGCAAGAGAUACCAUAGUAUAAAUGUGCAGGUGGUUUUCGAUGCCAAAUACAAGAUUACUGACUUAGAAGCGAAGUGGCCAGGCUCAGUUCAUGAUGCACGCAUUUUGAAUGAAAGUGGGCUCAAGAGGAUGUUCGAGACUCGUGCUGUUCCAGCUGGAUGCCAUCUGCUUGGGGACAGUGGAGUGGUAACAAAACUUGGCUGCUGA